ACAAAGGAAACUUAAGUCUUUAAUCUCCAGAAUCCUCUGCUAAAUAAUAAGAGUAACAUGUACGUGGUGAAGCGCGAUGGAUGGGUGGAAACUUUUGACUUGGAGAAGAUUAAAGUGCGACUUAAGAAGCUUAGCAGUUACCAUUGUAACCCGCUCCUCGUUGCUCAAAAAGUCUCUGCUCGUUUCUACAAUGGAAUCACCACGACUCAACUCGACGAAUUGGCUGCUGACGCGGCUGCUUCCAUGUCUUGCAACCAUCCUCAUUAUGCCUACCUUGCUGCUAGGAUUGCUGUCUCAAAUCUUCACAAGAACACUAAGAAUUCAUUUUCUGAGACGGUUGCAGAAAUAUACCACCGUGUCGAUGAGACAUCUGGACUCAAGGCUUCUCUAAUAGAUGAGCAUGUAUCUAGGAUAGUUAUGGAGAACGCUGCUCGUCUGGAUAGUGAAAUCAUAUAUGACCGUGAUUUUGAUUAUGAUUACUUCGGGUUUAAAACGCUUGAGAGGUUGUAUCUCUUGAAAGUCAAUGGGAAAGUUGUUGAAAGGCCUCAACACAUGCUCAUGAGGGUUGCUGUUGGCAUCCACAUGGAAGAUAUUGAUUCCGCAAUAAAAAGUUACCAUUUGCUGUCUCAGAGAUUGUUCACUCAUGCGUCUCCUACUCUCAUCCAUGCAGGAACUCCAAAGCCUCAAUUAAGUAGCAGCUUUCUUAUCUGCAUGAAAGAUGAUAGCAUCGAGGCCACACUCCAAAAGUGUGCUGCUGUAAGCAAAUCUACUGGCAGUAUUAGUGUUUCAGUUCAUAACAUUCGGGUCACAAAUGGCAUUGUUCCAAUUCUGGAUGAUGUUGCUCAAGGAGGAGGACCCUUUGUUGUAUACAUGGAGCCAUGGCAUGCUGACAUCUUUGAGUUUAUAAAGCUCCAGAAGAACCACGGAAAGGUGGAGGAGCACAUGGCUAGAGCUCUCUGGAUUCCAGAUCUUUUCAUGGAGAGAGUCAAGAGUGAUGGGAAGUGGUCACUGUUUUGUCCUAAUGAAGCUCCAGGAUUGGCUGAUUGCUGGGGCCUAGAUUUUGAGAGACUUUACACAAAGUAUGAAAGAGAGGGAAAGGCCAAGAAGGUUUUUGAGGCGUUGGACCUUUAUUUUGACAUCUUGACAUCUCAGGUAGAAACAGGAAUGCCAUACAUGCUUUUCAAGGUUAAGUAA